AUGAUAUCAGAAGCUGACAUUCUUCGAAUAAUUGAUGAUCUAGAAAACAAUGAUGAUCAAAGUGGACUAGGCACAACAACCGUCGCCACCUCAAACUCACUUCCACUUGAUAAAGAUCAUACUGAUGAAAAUACCAAGCUUCCAGAAGUUUCAGAGGAAUAUCAGAAAUUACGCCGACGUCUACAUAAGGUAGAUAUGAAAAAUUAUGAACGUAUGAAAAGACGUACAGCUUUUAAAUUGAGUGGAACAUAUAGCAAGAACGAACUUAACAAAGAAGAUAUUGUUAUCAUAUCAUUCAAUAUCAACAAUCCUGAACUUAAUCAAGAAACUCUUCAAAAAAUUAACAAUCAAGUAACAGUUCAUUUAAACAAAGAAACAUGUUUAGAACAUGUUAAAUCAAUUGUUAAUGAAAAAAUUCUCUUUAUUACAUCAGUAUCAUCAGUAAGAGAAAUUUUAUCACUAAUACAUGACGAAGAAACACUUCAUUCUGUUUUUGUGAUCACGGAUAAUUCUGCACAUAAUUCUAAUUUACUAAAAUUACGAUUUUCAAAAAUAGUCGAUAUAUUUGCACAAUCAUCCGAACUAAUAGAAAGUCUACAAACAAAUGUUCAACUCAUUCCAAAACAAUUGACUACUUUUAAUUUUUUUAACUCAAAGCAGUCAAACUCAAUUAAUUUAAACAAAGAUUCCGCAAUAUUUCUUUGGUUUCAAUUAUUAAAAGAUGCAAUUAUAAAAUUAAGACCACAAUCGUUAGAAGAUGCCAUUAACGAUAUGGUACAAAAGUGUCAGGAAUACUAUCAAGGCAAUCGAAUUGAACAAGAAAACAUUCAAAAAUUCAAACAAGACUAUGAAAACCGACAAAAUCAUUCAAAUGAAGUUCCAAAUUUAGCAAUACACUGGUAUACUAAAGCCAGCUUUGUUAAUAAAAUGAUCAAUAAAGCAAUGAGAACUGAAGAUAUUAAUCAAUUAUAUACUUUUCGAUUUUAUAUUGCUGAUCUUUGUGCCAAUGUUUCUCGACUUCAUGAAGAACAAAAUAAUAGUAAAUUCAAUAUUGAACUCUAUCGUGGAUUAAGAUUAUCUAUUGACGAAAUAAAUAAAUUAAAAGAGAAUGUCGGAAAUGCAAUUUCAUUAAAUGGAUUUCUAUCAGCUUCGAAAUCAUUAAAAGUUGCACGUCGUUUUGCACAUGGACCAUCGUCUAGAAAAAAUACAGAACCAGUUAUAAUGAUAUUUUCGGUUAGAACAAAAGAUAAGCUGAAAUCAAUUAAAUUCGCUGACUUAUCGGAUGAGAAUCUAAGUGAUUAUCCUGAAGAAGAAGAAGUUUUGUUCGAUCUUGGUUCAGUUUUUCGAGUAGAAAAUGUAUUGGAUCCAUACAAUGGUGAACACGCAAUUAUUAUGGUAGCAACGGAUAUCGGAACACAGUUAGUCGAUCAACAUCUUAAACUAAGUGAGCAGUCAAUAAAAGAAGAUGGUAUAAACAUUGUCUUUGGAAGUCUUCUUUUCAAAAGUGGACAACAUGAUAAAGCUCUUCAGUACUUUGAAACACUAUUAAUAUCCGAAAAAGAAAAUGAUGCUGCUGUCUAUGCUAAAAUUGGUGCAUAUUAUUCAUGGAAAAACGAAUGCACGAAAGCAAUAUCAUUUUUUCAACGCUCAUUUGAUUUGUAUAUGGAUGAAAGGCCGCCUAAUGUUGCUAAAGCGUCACUGAUUAUGCAUGAAAUAGGAAAUAAUUAUAUAAUAGCUGAUAUGCAUUCGUUAGGAUUUGCUUGUAUUAAACGAGCUGCUGAAAUGUAUAAAUCCGUAUUUCCGGCUGAUCAUUUUCAGAAUAUUAUUGCACUUAAAGAUAUUGGAAUAUGUUAUAUACUGGAGAAGAAUUAUGAUGAAGCUAAAUAUUAUAUCGAGAAAGCUUUAGAAAUGUGUAAUCGUAUUUUACCGACUGAUCAUGAUGAAACAGCUGCUUGUAUAGGAAACAUGGGUAGUAUAUAUCAUAAGCAAAAUGAAUUAGAUAUGGCUUUAGAUUAUUAUAUGAAAGCUUUAAAAAUGUUUAGAAAGGUAUUGCCUUCUGACCAUCAUGAUAUCUCGUCAACGCUUUACAAUAUAGCCAGUAUUUAUAAGUCGCAAGGAAAAUAUACGGAAGCAUUGGAAUGCUACAAAGAAUCUCUAAAGAUAGCCAAACAUUUUUGGCCUAUUCAUCAUCCGUGGUUAGUGCUUAUAUCAACGAGAAUGAGCGAAUUAGCUAGUUUACUGCAUUUUCAAAAACGCGUGGCUGAUAGCAUGAAAAUUCAUCCACAUUUGGUCAAUUACCUAUCAAAAAAACUUAUUGAGAAAGAAAAUACCAAGAAAAAAGAUACCGAUGAUGAUGACUCUGACAUAUCGGACGAUUGACAUUGAUCUACAAAGUAAUAUCAACACUACCUCUUGUUGUUCAAAAAACUUCUGUGCUAUUAUAGAAUUAACAUGAACCAAAACGGUUUGUAUCGCAACGGAUAAAGUUUAAUCUAUGAACUUCUAAAAUUUAUUCAAUUGAUAAUUUUUUUUUCUUCAUUGUCAAUUUGUAAUUAAUCGUGUUUUUUUUUGAAGAGAAAGAAGUUUUUUUUCUUUCAUUUAAUAUCUUUUUGCCAUAUACGCUAACAAGAAGGAGAAUAGUUAACUAUCACAUCUUGUACAGACACAAUUUUUAUGUAGAGAAUAAGAUAUUAUCAAUGCACUAUGAUCUCAGCAUGAAUCUUCUUCUUUCGAUUAUCCAAACUAGAAAAAAAAACUUCAAUACCUUGAAAUAAAAAUAUUAGCGAAGUUAGCAGUCGAUUCGAGUUCGUUUGAAAAACAAUUUACACUUGUCAGACUUAGUUCAUUCAAUGGAGCUUGAUAAGUUCUAUUGAAUGAUAUAUAUUCCAUCCGAAUGAAAAUAAAACUAUUCUGAUUUUUUUAUUAGGAAACCUGAAAAGUCAGGAAUCGCGUUCAGAGCUCGUGUUUCUUCUGACGAUUCGCUCUAUGACUUGAGUCAUUUUGUGAGACACGAUUCAUUCGCUAAAGUUCAAUGAAUUCUAUUAAAUGGUGUAUGUUUGGUUCCAAUGAAAAUAAAAUUUCAAUGACUAGAAUUCACAGAAAACUAUAGAACUCCGAUUUCGGCUAGUAUGUUCUAUGAUGACUUGAUCCACAAUCUGAGUCACUUAUGACACUUACGGAGGAAUAUUUUCAGGUCUUGGAACGUUUUUCAGUUGGGGUUACGCGCAUCUUAUUCUCUGAACUGAAUGGAGAGUCAUCUGAAAUAAAAUACGUUUGUAGGGUGUGGGGGUGGGGGUGGGGUGGGGGUGGGAGUGUAGGUGUGUGGGUGGGUGUGGGUGUGGGUGUGGGUGUGGGUGGCUGAGGGUGUGGGUGUGGCUAGGGUGUGGGUGGUGUGUGGGUUGUGGAUAUUUGUCAAAUAUCUUAUCAGAUACCCGUACACCCCCACACCCACACCCUCUUUUAUUACUUAUUGACAAAAUAUAUUGUAUUAGUCCAAAAAUCAGAUAACAUUAUCGUUUUAUCUAUGUUAAUGUAUAAACUAUCGUUUAAAUAACGAUAUUAAGCACGCAUAACUUGGUUAUUUCCAACAAACACAAUGUCCAAUAGGAUUCCUCGAAAAAUAUUUCUUUAC